UUAUGCUUCACGAAUGAUUAGAAUCUACAAUGUUUGUCCAUUCCAUUUGUUUCAAAGAUCAUUUCAGAUCUCCUGUCCAUUUCAUGACGAAGUCCAGCACUCAUCUUUUUAAUAUCUUUUGUCAAAAAUCAAAUUUUAAUGUCUUUAGUCAAAAAUUGAAUUGUUCUGCCUGUAUAACAUUUACCCAUUGAUAACGUCAUGCUAUGUAUUCUCUAGAUGUCGUACUUAUAUGAGUGUUAGAAGAUUACUUGAUCUUAUUCUCAGGAGUUACUUAUUUUUCUCGGUUUGGUGUCGUUUAUUCGUUGUGUUUUCACUUUAGCUUCACAAAUUCUUAGUGUGUAGAGAUACGAUUGAGGAGUUUCUCCUCCAUUUGUCUUUUUGUGAGGAAGGGUUAUUUUUAGAGCUAGGUGUGGUGUGUUCUAGGAUCUGGAUUUGUUGGGGGGAGGGGACAAAAUAAAAUCUUCAGGAGGUGGAAAAGUUCCACCAUUGAUGUUUUAGGCCACCAGUCCUAUUUGGAUAUUAGAGAAGGGGUAAUAAGAAUGUUGCUACAGAGGAAACUGUUGCAGAUGAUGUGAGGAACGCUAAUUAGAGAGUAAAGGAUUGCUUUUGUUAGGGAGGUGUAUAUAAAUAGUCGUUUGUAGUGUUGAGUGGCUAGGUUGUUUUGAAGCAAUUCUCGACAGAGAGAAAAGUGAAGUUGUGUAAUCGCCUCUGGGCAUGUUCUUUUUGAAUAUCAACAAUAAUGGAAUACCUUACACAUUGGUAUCAGAGCACUUAACUUUGAAAGAUUUUGCCUUGGAAAAAAUAGCGCUGAAGAAAAUUGAAGAAUUACUAGAUGUUGAAAAUCGAGAUCCCGGAGAAGUUAAGAAAAAAAUGAAACUAUUCUCCACAGUUGAAGAGACGCUUGCAAUGUUAGCGGUGAGUGCGGGGAGCUUAAUGUGCAAACAGAAAAGCAACACUUAACUUUUGAUGAGACUUAAAUAGUUCUGACACCAAUAGUCACAGAUCACUUCAUAGGCCCAGCACUCGCAGAAGAAUCAAGUGGUGUUGUGAGGUCAAUGGAAGAAAGGGUGAUUACUCUCUAGGUUUCUGGGUUUUAUUCUUGAAUAUCAAUACCAUGGUUACACGAUGUUUGAUCUCUUGUUAAAUUUUAUGGUUCUCUCUAAGCUGUAGUUUCUAGUAUUUGUUGUAAUCACUCUCUAGGUGUCAUUCUACUAGACCGAAUCCCCUUCUUUUUGUGGGUUUUUUCUUCUGUAUGCCCAUGCGUAUUUUUUUUUUUUCUAAUUUGAAGUCCAACUUUUCGUAGUAAUAUUAUUUUUUGUUUCAAAGUAAAAAAUCUGAAAGCAAAAACUUAAGAUAAAAAAGAAAAGAAUGGGCGACACUAUUUUAGUUUGGUCUUGAGACAAUGUAAACCUCAAACAUAGAGGUCGGUUAUUUAUAUACCUUAGGUAUUGCACACAUCAUUAGGGGUGUAAGUGCAACCUGACAACCUAGACUACCCAACUCAUAUUAUAUGAGUUUGGUUGGGUUAGUUUAAAAUGUGGUUCGGUUGGGUUGAAAAUUUUUGUUUUUUUUUUCGGGUUUGGUUGGGUCUCAGAUUGGGGGUUGAAAAAAUCAAUUCAACCCAAUCGAAUCCAAGUUAAGUAUAUAUAUAUAUUAUUAAUUAUUAAUUAUUAUUUUGUUUUCAUUAAGUUUUGAAGGAGUAUUUUGUUCAACGAUCGUGUAGGAAGUUAAACGAUUGUAUGGAAAGUUAGUCGAUCGUUCAUGUGAGAAGUAAACGAUCGUUUGAAGGUCGAAAGCUAAAUGAUCGCGUAAGAGGGUAAACAACGUAUAGGAAGCUAAACGAUCGUGUAAAAGGUCGAAUGUUCGUUUAGAAAGCUAUGAUUGUGUAAGAGGUUGAAAGCUAAACGAUCGUGUAAGAGGUUGAACGGUUGUAUAGAAAGUUAAACGAUCGUGUAGGAGGUUGUAGGGUAAACGAUGGAGAGCAUUUUAUGGUGAAAAACUCUGGUAGUAGAACAACAUCUUCAUUAAAUGAAAAAAAAAAUACUACUCGACAACCUAACAACCCAACCCAUGUUUUACAGGUUGGUUUGAUUGGGUUGGAUUAGGAAAUUAAUUCGGGUUGCCAACCCAACCAACCCAAAAAUAUGGGUUGGGUUGAGUUACACCCCUACACAACAUUAUGCCAUCCUAGAAUAAUAUAGUGAUCUCAUUUUUGUGGCUUUAUAUGGGGUUUUUCUAUGGAUGACCAUUUCAAAAGGGAGUUUAUGAUUGAUGGCUCACCCCUUAUAAUAGUAUGAUUUAUAAUCUAUUGCUUACGCCAUAACCUACAAUCCCAUUACCACUAUCUUUUUUUGUUAACAUAUUCCAUUAGGAAUGACCAUUUGUAUCAUCGUAAUGCAAUAGACCCACCCCUGUUGUGAAUCCUAAUGCGAGCAACCAUACCUAUCAUGAUCUUCAACCUUUUCAUGAAAAAUGUAGUCAAGUAAGAGAAAAAUAAGGAGACAGAACUAAUGAAAAUAACGACAAAGAACUAACAGAAGAUUUAUGUGGAAAUCUUAGUACAAGGAGAAAAACCACGGUAGGGAGUUUCUUAUUAUUUUCUUAUUUAACAAAACAGUACAAGAGGGAAACUAAUAGGCAAUAAGAGCCUAAUUAAAAAAGGAAAGAAAAAUUAGGGCAACUCCAAUUACAAACUACCCUUGGGCUUUCAACACACAACAAGCCCACUAAUUCUAAUACUCCUCCUCAAGUUUGGGCGUAAAUGUCAAUAAGAUCCAAUUUGCUGAUGCAAGAAUCGAAACUUUGUUUGAGAAGCCCCUUAGUCAAAAUAUCAUGAGUCUGUUGGCUUGAAGGAAUGUAAGGAAUACAGAUGCUACCAUUGCCCUUUUUUUCUUUGAAGUAUCUAUCAAUCUCUAUAUGUUUGGUUCUAUUGGCAGUCUUAUUAUCGUAGAAUAGUUUCAUUGGCAUCUUAGUCAUGGUGAAGAUCAGAAAAAACCUUAUGGAGCCAGAUUUCCUCCACAUAUUCACAAACUCAUAACCCUGUACUUAGAUUUAGCACUGCUUCUGGCCACAACCCCUUGCUUCUUACUCCUCCAAGUAACGAGAUUGCCCCACACAAAAAGUACAGUACCUAGAGGUGGAUUUUCUAUCAACAACGAAUCUGUCCAGUCAGAAUCAGUAUAUGCAUGACUACACUUUUUGUCAAUUUUCCUGAACAUCAACCCUUUAUGAGUAGUUUUCAAAUACCCCAAAAUUCUGUUAAUUGACUAACGGUACUGAUAGCAUAGGAGAUAUCAGGUCUAGUGUGAGAUAAGUAAAUCAACUUCUCCACUAAGUGUUGAUAUUUUUCUUUCUCAAUUGGGACUUUAUCAAGCGAAUUUCUCAAUUUAGCAUUGAACUCAAUAGGUGUAUUAGAAAAUCGACAUCCCAUCAUACCUAUUUUAGUCAACAAAUCAAUGGUGUAAUUUCAAUGAGAUACUGGGAUACCUUCUUUAGAUUUGGUUACCUUUGCCCCAAGGAAGUAUUUUAGAUUCCCCAAGUCUUUAAUCUCCAACUCAUCCCUCAUUUUUUUUUCCAGUUGGACGAUGUCCUCCCAGACAGUGUUUUGAAAGGCGCGCCUAGGCGCAAGGCGCACCCCCAGCGCUUCUCUGUGGGUAGGCGAGGCGCCGAUGGAAAGGCGCGGCUGAGGCGUGCGCCUUCCUCAAGGCGCCGUAGGCGCGAAAAGCCCACAGGCGCGGGCUUUAUAACGUGGGCUGGGCUUAAUUAAAAAAAACAAAUAUUUACCUAUUUUAAACCUAUUUAACUUUUACUUAAUAUAUUUACCUAAUAUAUUUACCUAGUACGUGUAACGUGGCUGAAAAGAAACGAAACGACGGCUCGGCUCGACUUGAAGAUGAAGACAACGAAACGAUCGACUGCUGCUUUGUUUUCUUCUUCUUCUUAAAGAUCGACUGCCAUUAAAAAUCUUAAUAAAAAAAAUCCUAAGGUGUGCUGCUCUGUUUUCUUCUUCUUCUUUUUCUUUUUCUUCUUUUUCUUUUUCCUUUGGUGCUGACUGCUAUCAUUAAAAAAAAUCCAUUCUUCUUCUUCUUCUUUUUCUUUUUCCUUUGGUGCUGACUGCUGCCAUUAAAAAAAAUCCAUUCUUCUUCUUCUUCUUUUUCUUUUUCCUUUGGUUCUUUUCCUUUGGUUCUUUUCCUUUGGUGCUGACUGCUGCCAUUAAAAAAAAUCCAUUCUUCUUUUUCUUCUUUUUCUUUUUCCUUUGGUUCUUUUCCUUUAGUGCUGACUGCUGCCAUUAAAAAAAAUCCAUUCUUCUUCUUCUUCUUUUUCUUUUUCCUUUGGUUCUUUUCCUUUGGUGCUGACUGCUGCCAUUACUGUUGUGCUGCCAGCCUCCCAUUACUCUAUUUUUUGCCAUCCAAUCUUCUUUUUUGGUGCUUCUUUUGCUGCCAUUAGAUUACUAUUAAAAAACAUGGCUGAUGAAAGUUCUAAAAAAGAUCCGGCAUGGAAAUAUGGUCGAUUGCAAAAUGACCAAGAUAUAAAUACGUUUGUCUGUGGAUUUUGUUCGAAAGUAACAAAAGGAGGGGUGUAUCGAUUGAAACAACACCUCGUUGGUGGUUAUAGAAAUGCCAUAGCUUGUAAAAAAUGUCCGGAUCAUGUAAAGGAAGAAAUUAGAGAUUACAUGUCCAAGAAAAAGGAGAUCAAAGAACAAAGAAAUUUGAUUGUGGACAUUGAUGUACAAGAUUACGGUAUGGAGGAUGAAGAUGAAGGGAGUAUUAGUGUAAAUAACAGAGCAACAUCAAGUGGCUCGAGCUUGAAGAAGCCAAGACAAAAGGGUCCAAUGGAUGCAUUUUUUACUCCCAAUCCAGAAAGUGUGGUUCAAAAUAGAAAGAACGACAAAGGAAAACAAACUUCGUUGAAUGCGGCGUACAAGAAGGAAAUGAGGGAGCACACCAUCCAAAGAAUUGCUCGAUGGUUUUAUGAUGCAGGAGUGCCUUUGAAUGCUUGCACAUAUGAUAGUUUUGCCCCUAUGAUUGAGUCAAUUGGGCAAUUUGGUCCUGGAUUGAAACCACCAACAUAUCAUGAGUUGAGAGUCCCAUGUUUGAAGAAGGAAUUAGAAGCAACAAAUGAGUUGAUGAGCAGCCAUAAAGCAGAGUGGGCUAAGGUUGGAUGCACUGUUAUGGCUGAUGGGUGGACCGAUAGAAGAAAUAGGACAUUGAUUAACUUUUUAGUUAAUAGUCCUAAGGGCACCAUGUUUAUUGAGUCCAUCGAUGCUUCAUCUUAUGUGAAGGAUGGAAAGAAGAUGUUCGAGCUACUUGACAAUUUUGUAGAGCGCAUUGGAGAAGCAAAUGUUGUACAAGUAGUUACUGAUAGUGCCUCAGCAAAUGUGAUGGCAGGUAAGAAUGUAAACUAUUAUGCUAAUAGGGAGAUUGUUAGAUUUAGUGAGUUCUAUGCUAAAUGUAUACUUAUUUUCUUUGUUAAUAGGGAGAUUGUUAGAAGCAAAGCGACCACAAUUGAUAUGGUCUCCAUGUGCUGCUCAUUGCUUAGAUUUAAUGUUGGAGGAUAUAUACAAGAUCUCCAAUAUUCGCAAAGCAUUGAAAAGAGGCAUGGAGAUUAGCAACUUCAUCUAUGUUCGUCCUGGAUUAUUAAACAUGAUGCGACGAUUUACUAACCAAAAGGAGUUAGUUAGAUGAGCUAAGACUCGCUUUGCUACUGCUUGCAUUACAUUAUCGAGUAUACAUCAUCAAAAGAACAACUUAAGGAAGAUGUUUACUUCAGAUGAAUGGAAGGAUAACAAAUGGAGCAAGGAGCAAUAAGGAAGGCGAGUAGUUCAAACUAUUUUGUUGGCUAGUUUUUGGACUACAAUUGUGUUUGCUCUUAAAGUGUCUGGCCCACUAGUUCGAGUUCUUAGAUUGGUUGAUGGCGAAAAGAAGCCACCUAUGGGAUAUAUUUAUGAGGCCAUGGAUAGAGCUAAAGAAGCUAUUGCUAAGUCGUUCAAUAAUAAUAAAGAAAAAUACAAGGACAUUUUCACUAUAAUUGAUAGAAGAUGGGAGCUUCAGUUGCAUCGUCCUCUGCAUGCAGCGGGGUAUUAUUUAAACCCGUCAUUCUAUUAUUCGAAUCCUAGCAUCCAAGAGGAUGAUGAAAUAGUUAACGGGCUCUACUCAUGCAUAACAAAAAUGGUUGCUUCAUUAGACAUCCAAGACAAAAUACUUGCAGAACUAAGCAAGUAUAAGAGAGCUGAAGCAUUGUUUGGACAACCUUUAGCAAUCAGACAAAGGGACAAAAUAUCUCCAGUGGAAUGGUGGGAUAAUUUUGGACAAUCAACAACAAACUUGCAAAAGUUUGCUAUUCGCAUUUUAGGUCUUACUUGUAGUGCUUCUGGAUGCGAACGUAAUUGGAGUGUGUUUGAGCAGGUUAGCUUUCCUCUCCUUUACAUGCGAAUGUAAUUUUGUUGAUUCACUGGCAGUGACAAUGACUUUUCUAAUUUUGUAGCUUCAUAGCAAGAAACGAAAUAGGCUUGCUCAAAGUCGUUUGAAUGAUUUAGUGUUCAUCAAAUACAAUAGAGCAUUAAAACGUCGAUACAACCUUCGAGAUAUCGUCGAUCCCAUCUCUUUAAGAGAUAUUGAUGAUAGUAACGAAUGGUUGAUUGGAAGAUUGGAUGAUGAUUCUGAGGAGGAGGAUGAGCUGGUAUUUGACGAUGAUAUUUUAACGUGGGGUGAUGUUUCAAGAGCUGCCGGAGUAAAAGAACCAACCUUCUAUUCUAGAGCUAGGGCCUCAGGAGCGACUAAUGUUUCAUGUUCAUCCUCGUCUACCACACAACCCACACCCAAACAAAUAAAUUUGGAUGACUCUGAUCAGGAAGAAGAAGAUACCGAUGGCUAUAAGUCCAACGAAGGAGUGAAUGAAGAUGAGGAUCAAUUUAGUGAUGAUGAGUUUGAUCUUUAGGAAUGAACUUCUAUUGUGUUUUGUUUUUUGGGUAGAAAACUAAUAUUAUAAUAUUUUAUACAUUAGAGUUAAAUCUCAUUUCUA